AACCGACGGCUUCGGUUUCCAGCCUUACAUCACGUACCGUGCCUUUUGAACUGUUCCAAUAGCAGCCCCAGGAUUGUGACCUGGGUGCUCGCCCUCAAUCAUACUUCUCAUUUUAGGUCAUCCAUAGCUCUACUACACCAUGCUAGCGGCAACACGCAUCUGGACAAGUGAACGACUUGUCCAGUCUCGCACUGGCACUGCGAAUGUUUUACGUUCUACUAUUUCGUUACAAUCGAAAUGCGAGCAAUGCAGACACUAUUCUCCCGCCGUGUCAUCUUCGACCUCUUCUGAGUUCCGAAAUGGACGCCGGCGUGGUUCAAUCAGAUUCCAGCAACCUGUAUCGUUGAAUCGCAGCAUUUCUUGGGACGCCAAGUCCAAAGUUUCUGCCAAGAAGGCUGCAAAAGGCCUCAACCGAUCCGCCGAUGUCUCAAAGUUUCCUACCAUUGAUCAAGUUACGACCUGGGCCGGUGACCUAUUUGGUAUCCGACCAGGAGCGAAUAUUGAAGAUGUGGAGCGAAGUGCUAUUGAGCACUUGUUUCGAGGUGAUAGCAAGGCCAACAUUCGCAAGGCUACUCUUACCAAUGCUCACCACUUCAGUCCUGCAAGUGCAAGUGCGGCAAGCUCGAAAGACACACUCUUCUCUGCUGUUCACGGACAAGAUGCUACUUUCAUCGAUCCUAUAACAAAUCGCCGGGUGUCAAAGUCUACAAUGGUCGGAACAGCAGCUCGAUGCGAAGCCCAACGAGACUACAAGCCAACUGACUUCGUUGAUGUGUCUGUCGAGGCUGACUCGACUCCCAAGUAUAACGACUUGGACAAGUACAAGCCUACAGUCGAUACUGAGACCAAGCAGCCAGAUCAACCCAAGUACGACGAUCUUGAUAAGUAUGAACCUGUAAUCGAUGAGAGACCUCAAGAGAAGUCUACCGAAUACGAUGAUUUGGACAAGUACGGCCCUGUCAAGUACAAUGAGCCUGAUGGAAAGCGACAUACUACAGUCGAAGAGGAUUCUAAGCAGUACAAAGAUCUUGACAAGUACUCCUCUGCGAACUUGGACGACCCGCUAGCCAAACGUCAAUUGACCGCUGAAGAGCAAUCCAAGGUCUAUGAUGAUUUGGAUCAGUACAAGCCAGUCUACCACAACGAGCCUGAUGGAAAAAGGCCACAGACUGCUGAGGAACUUUCCAAGAACUACGCCGAUCUGCAUAUGUAUGACAGAGGUGUGUAUUGGAACGAACCCGAUGGCCUGCGUGAGCCCACGCCUGAGGAACGUUCCAAGAACUACAAAGAUCUUCAUUUGUACAAACCUGUUGAAUGGAAUGAGCCUGACGGUCUGCGUCGUCUGACGCCUGAGGAGGAGUCCAAGCAGUACAAGGAUUUGGAUCAAUACGCAGAUCCUUUUGAAGCCAGUCAGUCGGUUUUGAAGGCCCACGAGAAGGCGCAGAUGGACCGUACCAUGCGAGGCAAGCCCGUAGCACCGAAGGUCGAUGCUCCAGUCGAGGACUUUGCAAGCAAGUAUGAUGACCUUCACAAGUAUGGUCCUUACCACUGGAACGAGCCAGAUGGUCUCAGAGAGCCUACCCCUGAGGAGUUAUCCAAGAAUUAUGACGACCUUCACUUGUACCGCGGUGGCUUCAAGUGGAAUGAGCCUGAUGGUUUGCGACCGUUGACGGCAGAGGAGGAGUCAAAGCGUUACAAAGACGUUCAUAAGUAUGCUGCUCGUGACUUGUCACCCCCUGUCGAGCAAGUCCAUCCUGAAGAGGCUUCCAAGGUGUACAAGGAUCUCCCCGCCUACCGCAAAUUCGAGAACGCGGAUGACCCUACACCGCGUAUCCAUCCUGAGGUUGCGUCGAAGAAGUAUGCUGACUUGGGUGCGUAUGGUUCUUUCGAGAAUGGCGACCCCCACACAGAGCGCGUUCACCCGGAAGUGGCAUCAAAGCAGUACAAGGAUCUACACAAGUAUCCAUCAGCUGGCUUUGACGACAUCAUCCAGGCGGUGCAUCCUGAGGAGCGGAGCAAGAAUUACACGGAUCUUGGCAGUUACAGGCACUCCGAGUUUGCUUCCCAGGCUCAGGGCUAUCCUGUUCAGCCCGAGGAGGCCUCCAAGGUCUUCCAGGACCUGCGCAAGUACACAGGAGUUCGUCCCAACGAACCCCCUGGCAAGAUGUCGGUCCCUCUGGAUGAAGUCGCCCGCGGCCUCCGAGAGUUCGAUUCCAAGGUCUUCUCCCGGCUCUACGGAAAUUAAUAUUGACCCUUCCGGCCCUGAAAGCGCCGAUGUCAUCCGAGCUGCAGUCCUUCGCAGAGCCCAAGAAAGCAGUCAACGAGCCAAGAACCAAGAUCUGUCUAGCAACAGAGGUCAACAGGUCAAGACGGCGCAUGUUUCCAAACUUACGGGGAACUAUGUACGUGACUUUCCCGAGGAUUUU